AUGACAAGUCAGGAAAAGAAGGAUGCUUCCUGCAUGGACCAUUCAUUGCACACAUUUUCAGUAAACCAGUAUGAUCCCAUUCUAAUUUCUACAGCUUGUGUAAGUACCUGUUCCCUUUAAUACCUUUUCGUGGGGGGGGGGGUGUCAGAUAUAACAGCAACAGCUCAAAAAAGGUGCUUGCACAGAGGUUCCUCAUAGCCUGGACUUUUUCUUGCUCCAUCAUCAUUUCAAGCUGAUAGCAAUCCAUGGAGCAGGGCCAGGUUCUGGAAAAUUCUAGGGUUGAUUAGGGACGAUCUCUUUAGCACUUUGGAAAGCAGUGGCUUUUUCUUUUGUGGAACAGCAUACCGACAGCCAGGAUUUUCACCAAACUGAAAUAAGCCCUGCUUAUUCUCCAGGCCAAUCUGAUAUUUUCAUCCUCCAGUCCAUUCUGAUAUUGUAGGUGGAGUUCAGCCAAUGCAUUAAAUCAAGACCCCUUAAACCCAGGCUAAGAAUAAUGGUAGUGCACCUGAGCUUCUGGAGUACAAUCCCCUUGAAAAAGCCACUCACCACUGUAUUUCCUCAAUUUGAAUUUUACUGUAUUCAUUUUGCAUUCUGCUGCUCUUAUUGUAAUAGCUAGGUGGCUACUGUAGCCUGGCAACAAGAAGAAUGCCGUCAUGUACAUUCUGCAAAACCUAUUAAGACUUAAGCUUCCACCUCUCAUCAUGAAUUUGAGCGUUUGCCAUACAGCCUCUUUGAUGUACAAAUCCUGACGAGGCAUACCUUGGUUACUUCUUGCAGCAGGGUGGUCUGAAACAGCCAUUAGAAACAAAAGAAGGUGGUGUGAUGCCAGGCGACUCCUUGGAGACGUUAGCUCGCUCCUUUCAGUAUUCCAAUUCACCUCUUUGCCUGGAAGAAAGGAAAGAUUUCCUCCCGCCCACCCAAAAGCAAUCCUAUAAACUAGUAAUUUCCGGGCCCAAGGCAAGUUCCCAAAUACAUAAGUUUCCAAAUGUAUAAAAUAGUAAUUAUCCCAGAACAGUUCCACUUGCGAAAUGAUUGGUAAAAUCUGGGCUAAGCCAAAAACGAAUGUAUUCCUUUAUGGGCAGUAAGUACUGCUGCUGAAAUUCUAAACUGACACAGCACAGAUAGACUGCUCCUGAUAUGUGGUGCUCUACAGUGAGUCAGCUCAGAAGCUGUGUUGCUGCUACCUAAUCAGCAGUAGCUAGACAGAGUCACAUGCCUACAAUUCAUUCCUCCUGGCCAGCAGAACUCAAGGGAGGAAUAUGCUUUUAGGCAGAAAGCAAAGAGCCUGUUGCCUUCACUAUGCUUCCCAGCAAGCUGACAUAUGGCUUUUCGUUUACCACCUUGAGUACAUAAAAUUACUCAAAACUGAAAAGACCCUAUAUAAUAUGAGACCCAUUUCAUGUCCCAGUAUAGCUUGCUUCAAGUUAUGUGCCCUCAUCACUAUUCCUUCUUUAUACUACUGUGUAAGAUAUGGACUGUUAAAUUUGCAUUAUUUUAACUGGUUUUACUUUAUUCGUACUUGUCUGGCAUGUCUUAAAUUAAAAUAAUGAUGAAUAGUAUCUAUAAGACAUUAGAAGAUUCUGAUUGGCCAAACCUGUCACACAGUAUUAUUGGCUAUCCUAGUGCUGUUUGGAAUUAGGUGUUACGUGCAUCUGAGAGUUAAUAUAAUUGCUUUUGGCAACUGCUCUGCCAGAUGCACUAUUUACAACACUAAUGGAGGAAUAAACACAUCAAAGCAAGAAACCCAGCCAAACCUCCCUCUUUGUAUAUAAGAAUGUUUCAAUUCACUUUGUUAGGGGUAUUUUCUAGGGUUUCCAACUUAUUUUAAAAGUGCUGUUGCAGAUUCAUCUGUCUUUUAACCAAUUAACUGAUUGGCUAACACUAUAUACAUAAAUUUGCAUAGUAUCAAAAAUUUGACGGAAGGGCAUUGGGUCAUUUUUGAGAUAGGAAAAAAGUGUGAGAUAACUUAGAAUUAGAAAUAAAAGCUACCACCAAUUAGUAGGAAAAAAGGUGAUAUUUAAUAUCUUGCUUUUUCCAUGUUCCAUCACAGUAUAAUAACAGAACAAAAUAGCCUUGGAAAAUAAAUUGGCAUGUCCUUAAAUUGCACUUAAAUUGUAUCCUCAGAGAUUAAAAUUGCCCACCAUUGAUUAAUCUGCCGAUUAAACUGGUGCUAAUGAAGCUAAUGCCUAUUUUCUCAGAUGAAAUGAGUGUCAUUCAGCAAAAGUGCCUGUGGCUGUAAAUGUGACAGUUCAACGUAGGCAACAUGGUGCUCUCCAGAUAUUGUGGACUAGGACUUCCAUCACGGCAGCCAUCAUGGCUGGUGGUAUGCAAUUAAGGGAGUUGUGGUCCAAAACACCUGGAGGGUGCCAUAUUGGCUACUUCAUGAUAGUCUUUAAAGUGCCACAGAGUUGAUUUUGCGAAAAUCAAGGCACAUGCCUAUUGUUUCAAUCCACCAUCCUGAGUGCACAGAGAGCAGAAUGGCUCCUAGAGUCCUUCAGUAUCAUGGCGAGCUCCCAACCUGAAACCUGUAUCACAGCCCUUUGGCGGUUUACCUCCACCAACAAUGCUCCUCUUUGUCAUGGACUGGUCGGAUGCCAAGGAGUGGGAGGAGGCACCAGCUGGGGAACCUCCAAGGGAACCCCCGGAUGAAGAAGGCUCAGAGCCUGGCGAUAGGUGGUGUGAUGACAAUGAAUGCUCAGAGGGUAGAAGAGGGGGCACACUGGGAGGAGGAGGUGUCGGAAGCUGAAGAGGAAACAGGCUUUAGUGAGCAAGAAGAGACUAUGGCAGAGAGCAGUCCAGAAUCAGAGGCAGGAGAGGAGUGGGGCCAGGAGACAGAGAUGAGGAAAGCAGGUGAAGAAUCUAGGGAGUCUCCCCCUGCUGCUGUGACAAGCUCCUCUCCCACCUGGUUUCCCAGAACAUGUAGAGAAAUGAAGAGGGCAAGGAAACGAGAGGCAAGAUGCGGAAGCCUUAGGCUGCUGGGGAAGGAACCAGGGAUGGAGCCUUAGAGAGUGGUGGGAAAAUGGGGACCUUCAGUCCUCACAACUGCUUCACUGGGGCAAGACCUACUGGGAAGGGUUGCUACGACCACUAGGACUGCACUGUUUUGUUUCUUUGAAUAAAGAGUUAAUGUCACAGACAUUGGGUGCUUUAAUGUUUUAUCACUGACCUACACCUGGCUCCAGCUCCUGACACCCUCCAUCAGCAAGUCCCUAUGAGUUGUCCUGGGGGUGGCAGAACUCCAAAGUAGGGCCAGGCUGCAGAGUUAGGUUUCCUUUAAAUGCCAUGCAAUGGCCCAGCUGUACUGUUGCCCCAGGGCCCUGGGGAAAAUUCAUAGGAUGGCUAGACCGCCUGGCAUUCCAGGUCUGAAAACAACAGCUAAAGAGUGGCCAAAGGUAAGCAUCAGCAGUGGACUUUGUUGGGGUGCUCACAACUGUCUUGAGGGUGCUAUGUGCUGGUGCCAACCCUCACCAGUACAACUUUCUCCCCAGCUUCUGCAUGCCAAGGACCCAGGUAAAACCAGCUGCUGGAACAUUUGAAGGAAAAGCAUGGAGAGCUUCUGCUGAACCUGAUCGUUCUACCUGAGCCUCGGGGUGCACAUGGAAUAACAAUGCUGCACCAUGCGUCAAGGCUACUGGUGAGGGAAGGGGUGUGUUAAACUGGGCCCUGUGGGAACUGCUUCACAGUGUUCAGCACUGAAGCCUUAGACGUUUCUACUCAGAAGCUGAUUGCCAUUGCUAUGCUGCAAAAACAGUUACACAGCAAAGAUUUUUGAGAUCAGAAAUUCUCCCUGUGAACCUCUGCUGGGAUUCUGAGUUUACAUUCCUAGUGAUGCUCUUGUGAAGUGUUCUGUUGCAAAUGCCAAAUUCAGACCAACUGAGGCUCUGUUUUACCUCAGCCACAAUAAACAAAAUAAACCCUUUUGAAAGGGAUUACCCUUCCUACUGGCGCAACCACUAAGAUCCACUGCCAGAAGAACAUUUCGACUUCUUGCCAGAUUAAUUGGGGAGGCGAGGGGAACAUAGCCUGGAGCUCUCCUGAGGCUUAACAUCCAUUAGGGUGGUGCAGGUCACAUCUAAUGUUUAAAUUAGACAUUUGUACUAUGGAUGAUCCUCACUGGCUCUUUGAUGUGGAUUGUUCAAAUUCCUGGGUACUAGAAUUCUAUCUAUGCUGUGACACAUACUUAAUGCCGACUAUGGAACAACUAAAUCUUCUGUAAUUUUUUUGUAUCUUUCUCACUUGCAGCAAAAACAGGCUGUGGCAAGCUGACUUGA